AUGUAUCUGAAGCUGAAUACACGGAUGCAGAUAGCAGUCUAAUUCUAAAGAUUACUUCUACUAGCUGUUUCCAUGUUUGCUUUGCAGUAGUUUGGGCAGAUCUUCUAGUUCUAGUCGAUCUAGAAACUUCUGAAAAUGGCACCAACCUCAUCAAGAAACAAGAAAGACAAGACUGCAGGCAGUGCAUCAGAAGAAAAAGUAACAAAAUCUGGCAAAAGAACAACCAGAGCUGCAGCUGCAGUGAGUGGAAGGCGGACUAGACAGCAAAGGAAGAAAGUUGGAGAAACUGAUAGUGAUACAGAAGAUUUUGAAGACCAAAUUAUUAAAUCUGGCAGAUCAACAACGGCAGAUAGACAGAGGAAUAGAUCCACUCCUGAUGCAACUACAAGUUCAAACCUGUCAAAUGGAGCGGUGAAGAAGCAGAAGCUGGAUGUGGAGGAGAAAGAAAAUGAAGAAGCCAUCAUCAUCAGAGGAAGCAGAGAGUCUGUGAGUCCCUCCAUCACCCCUAUGGAUCUAUUAAGCUCCAACAUAGUUCAUCGGAUCUUCAGACAUACCACAGGGCAGAGGUUCAAACAAAGCCUGAGACAGGCUACCAUUCAACCAUUUGUCCAACAGCUCUCAGAGUUCAGGGUUAGCCACGGAGCAAGCCCUUUUGAAAGGAGAGUGACGGCUCUUGAAUGGCACCCAAAGCAUCCCACAAUGCUUGCUGUGGGGUCAAAGGGCGGUGACCUCAUGCUGUGGGAUUACAGCAAAGGGCAAGAUGGAUGGAAUGUUGUGCAAGGAAUAGGACCCGGAGGAAAUAUUGCCAGUCUGCUAUUCAGCAGGGACAAGCCUGACGAGAUCUAUUCUGCGUCCUUGGACGGACAGGUCAGGCUACAGAACUUUGAGGGCAAAACUCUCCAUCUCUUUCAGAACACCAUGGACUGGAGUCACUGGUACUGUUCUGUAGAUAUCAACUAUACAGACAGUGUGCUAACAGCAGGAGAUAACAACGGCAAUGUGGUACUCAUGUCUCGGCAAGGAGAAGAGAUGUGGAAGUACAGACUGCACAAGCAGAAGGUCACCCACUGCGAGUUCAACCGACGAUGCCCCUGGCUCCUAGCAACCGCAUCCACAGACAAGACUGUCAAGAUGUGGGACAUCAGAAACGUCUCCAGCAAAACCAGCUACAUCUACCAGAUGAACCAUGAAAGACCAAUCAAUUCAGCAUAUUUCAGUCCAGAUGGGACUAAGCUCCUAACAACAGACCAGCAUAGCCACUUGAGAAUCUAUUCUGGUCCAAUGUGGGAUACACUAGAGAGAACCAUCAUUCAUCCUCACAGGUUCUUUCAGCAUCUCACACCAAUCAAGGCUACUUGGCACCCAUUCCAGAACCUAAUCGUAGUUGGCAGAUAUCCUGAUGCGACCCUAGAGGGAUUUGAACAUGACACGGUGCGAUCAAUAGAUGCUUACGAUGUCAGCUCUGGAGAGUUGGUGUGCAGGCUGAUGGACCAAUGUGCCACCGGCAUCCAAUCUCUGAAUGUAUUCAAUCCAAGUGGAGAUGCAUUAGCAACAGGGAUGGGACUCAACACAUUGAUCUGGCAGAACGCAGACAUCCGAUCCCAAGUGAGGGAGGAGCAACGAGAGAUCAUGAGGAGACAAGGAAAGGACCCUCCCCCAGACGAGGGCCCCUCCAAGAAGAAAGCCCCCAAGAGACACCGAAGCAACAAUCAGAAACUGACGCAGAAACUCCAAGUCAUGAAGAAAGCGAAGAAUAGCAGGUGAAAGGGAAAGAUGACUCUUCGCUGAUCAUUGCCCAAUGAAAGUUGAGCUCUUCAAGGGAAGCUCCCUACAGACAUUGAAGCAACUUUCGAAAGGAGAGAAAGAAACUCUAAACCAUGAAGAAAGCGAAGAAUAGUAGGUGAAAGAGAAAUAUGACUCUUCAGAUCACUGAUCUUUAGCAAGUAAAAGUUGAGAUCUUCAAGGAAAGCUCCCGAGAGACAUUGGAGCAACAAUCAAAAGCUGACGCAGAACUCCAAACCAUGAGAAAGCAAAGAAUAAUCUAUAGUUAAACUAGACAAUUUUUUGCUCGUCUUUUGUCAUUGAAGAUCAAGUCCUCCAAAGAAAACUUCCUAGAGACAAAGAAUCAAUGACCGAAAUUUGAUGCAUUUAUGAUUGAUACUCUUUCUCUUGCAUGCAACUAUGAAAAUUCUGGUCCACCUGAAAUAUUGAUGAAGGAUUUGGGUCCUAGACCAAUAGGUGGCAGGAGAAUUCUUGAAUGAAGGGGAGAGGGGUCUCUGACUACCUCUUACUACUAACAGAUAUGUAUUCAGUUGAAACUCUAUUUUAAGUAUUUUUAAGUAUAUGUAUGUACAAUGACUUGUUGUUGAGCUUACCGGAAGGACUUGGUUCUUGGAGAGGGGAUGGCCAUGUGCACUUUAAUACUUGGAAACCUUUUGUAGACAAAUGUAAAUGAUGUAUGUAGUUUAAAGCCACACUGUACUAAUUGUAGCUACUUGCUCCCUCUACAUGUAUAUAGAAAACAAUGCCUAAUCGGUCACCAUU